AUGAAAUAUUUACUCGUUUUUCUGCUGCUGUUUGUCUACAAUCAACAAAACAACUGUUUAGCCAAUGAAUUUCUUGGCAGUACUGGACAGCAUUUAUUUUAUUUCGUUCAUGUUACAGAUAUUCAUAUAACGCAUUUCGGAAAUGCUGAUCGGAUGGAUCAAUUCGAACGAUUUUGCAAUGAAAUUAUUAAAUCAAUGAUCAAACCGCGUGUGACUGUCGUAUCUGGUGAUCUGACACACAAUCGUGAUCCAACAUUUGCAUCGGAUCAAUAUGAAGAGGAAUGGGUUAUGUACAGAAAUAUUCUCAAUCGAACCAAUGUUACACAGCAUACCGCUUGGCUGGAUAUGCGAGGCAAUCAUGAUUGUUUUAUGGAUCCGAAUCCUGAAUCAAAAGCGAGUAACUAUCGUAUCUACUCACAUCAAGGGCCGGUGCACAAAGGUUCUUACCAGUAUACAUUAACAACCGGUGAUAAUGAUACUUAUUCAUUCGUUGGAGUCGAUAUGUGUCCAAGACCAGGUGCCGGCCGUCCAUUUAAUUUUCUUGGUCACAUAUCUAAAGAAGAAAUGGAUAAUAUCCGACAGCUUUCUACCCAAACGAAGAGUUCGAAUACAACAAUAUUCUUCGGUCAUUAUCCCUUAUCAUUCACUUAUUCGAACGGCUUGGAUGAAUUGAUGGAACAUGCGGUUGCCUAUUUAAAUGGUCAUCUUCAUUCUGGUAUCAAGCAUUUGUAUGCUCGUCAUUCCAAUGGAUUGCUUGAACUUGAACUAGGAGAUUGGAAAGAUAACCGACGAUUCCGUUUGAUCACCCUCGAUUCGGGAAUCUUGUCUUUCGAAGAUUUUCGUUUCGAUCAGCCAAUCUACGCCGUUAUAUCCAAUCCAAAAGCUGCUAAAUUCAAAACAAGCAGAGAGCCACUUUCUCGCUUGAGCGAAAGCACACAUAUUCGUAUUGUUAUCUUCUCAAAAUUUCCCAUUGUCGAUGUUCGAGUUUCCAUUGACGGCAAAUUCCUAGGCAAUGCCGUCAAAGCAAUCGAUCAUGAAAGCUUAUACGUUUUAGCAUGGAAUGCAAGUUUAUACAACGACGGUCGACUUCAUGACUUGACAGUGGAAAUCAAAGAUAAGCAGAACAAUGAGCUCAAAAGUGAAAAUCAAUUUUCUUUGGCAACAACAACCAUAACAGCAUGGACACGAUCGAAACUCAUACUUCUCAUUCAUUGGCCUACUUUUGGAAUGAUUUGCAUCAUCGGCGCUUUAUGUGUUUAUAUUCUCGUAUUGGUGUUUUGUCGUUACCGAUCAAAACGAAUGACACCAUGCUGUGCUGGUUGCUUCUCAUUAUGGAAUAAAUUUCGGUUAAGAAUGAUGAUUCUUUGCUCUAUCGAUUUGUAUUACUAUUCGUUGAUCGGCUUGGCCUUCUAUCAUUUCCUUGGUCCAUGGUAUUUUGGCUAUUUAACCCAUGGUUAUUUUGGUGCUGUUUUCCUUUGGGGCACAGUCAUACAUGGUAUCUAUCUGCCACCGGACAUGCAAACAUUCAUGGGAACGAUUCAAAUAGUCCUAUUUCUCAUUCCAUUGACGUUAUCUUUAAGUUCGUCGUGUUAUUAUCGUUAUCAACAACUUCAAUCCAGUGUUAAUCUUGCUGAAUCUCGUUGCGAUCGCUCCAUGCGAAUCUUCACUGUUUAUAUAUUAUUUAUUUAUUCAAUAUUAUUUGUUCUAUUCUGGGCUUAUAUUACAACAGCGUCCUAUAAAUUAGCAUUUAUAUUAUCACCUUUUGGUUUAACGUUAGGAAUCUUGUCCUUACUACUUUACAUCAAAUCCCAACGAUUAAAACUCAGUGAUUUUCGUUUUCAAACUGCUACAGAUGAUUUGAAUAGUUCAAUAGCUGAAAGUAAUCUUGACGACGAUGACGAACGGCCAAUUGUAACAGGUAGAAGAAGUGGAGUAAAAACUAAUUAA